AUGCAAGUUUUAUUCAUCACUUCUUUAUAUUCGAGGCGUAAGGAUAGGUAAAUGCUUUUAUCUUGGUGUUAUUGUGCUAUCCCCAUUAAUAGUGGUUUCAUUUCCAGGNCAUUGCAGCCGAUGAGGAUACUUUUGUAUUACCUCAUCACACUAAGAAAUUACAUGAAGCUUAUGCUGGAGAUAAAAAUAUUGUAAUAGAUAUUAUCUUUAUUUAAAUAGUCCAUUGUUCCUGGAGAUCAUAAUUCCAAGAGGCCAUCCUUUGCUAUGAACUCGAUAGCAAUCUUCUUUUAUAAUACUCUGUAAGUGAAGCAUUUAGUUCCUGAAUACAAGGUAUUUGAUAAAAAUAUUUAAAGCAGCCUGAUCAUAAAUCUGACAAUAAUCAAUAAUUUUAGGAGGCCGACUUUUUAAAUAAUUAUCACAAUCACGUUGGGAAUGCAUUUUAAGUCUAGGGAGCAAUGAAUGAAUUUGAUGAAGAUGAAGAGUUAAGGAGAGCAAUAGAGGAAAGUCUUAAAAUAAGUAAUUCUGAACCUAACCAAUAAAAUUAAUAAAACUCAUAAAAUAGACCACAAGUUUAACCAUAUAAACAACCCGAAGAUCUGUUAAAAUUCUCAGAUGAUGAGAGUUUGCUAUGA